AUGAACGUUGAGCUCAGGUCUCCGAGAGCGGUCAGUAAAGCUGUCAGAAGGUUUCGGUGCGUCUCCAUGGUGAGCAGCUUGGCGAAAAACUGGCAGAAGUGGGCAAAUGAUCACACACAUAGACAGAAAACACAACCUCUCGGCUGGCAACCCAGUAGUUCUGUGGAGGAAGAUGCCAAGAAGUCAAACGCAUGCGUGACUGAAAUCCAGACAGUAAAAGUGCCACAAAUCAAUCCAAAAAACAGCAGCUUCAAUGGGGAAAAUGUGGCUUCCAGCAAAGAGCUGAAGGAAACUCAGAAAACUGAAUUGGCCAUCAGGACCGUCCCCAUUAAUAAAACAGUCGGCGCCAGGCACACUGCGAAGGGCAACGAGCUGGUGAGUUUGAUGGCUGGUCGGUUCAACCAGCCAGUGUCAGAGGAGGCACCAAAGCCGUUUCUGGGCGACAGGUCGCCCACCCGAAGGCGGCUGCGUCUCAGCAAGGCGUCAGAGCUUGUGCGGUCGUGGGAGACAGCGGAGAAGGAAGGAAAGGACCUGCUGUCCAAAGGCAAUGUGGCCUGCGAUGGUGGAAGAGAGAAGAGGAAAGAGGGGAAUGAGGAAGAGUCCAACGAUAAGGACGGGGCAGACGAUAGAGGGAAGAGGAAGAAGCUGGUCCAAAGUGUCCAGGUGCGCACAAUGGGGGAGUUGAGGAAGGCUUGGCUGAGGUGGGCAGAGGAUCACAUCGAGAAGCAAAAGCUCAACCCUUUCAGUGAGGACUUUGACUACGACUAUGCCAUGUCCUUCCGUCUAAAGAAGGGCGACCGGGGCUACGGGCAGCCAAAAGAGGGGAGCAAGUCCGCAGAGAGGGGCGAGCGAGCUCAGAGACACAUCCGCAGAGAGGUUGAGGAACUGUGCUUCAUCAUCGGAGAGCUGGGGGUACAGGGGAAGGAUGGGAACACCAGAGUCACCUUUGGCAGACUGUUUGAUAGAUAUGUCACUAUCUCAGAUAAAGUGGUUGGGAUUCUGAUGAGGGCAAGGAAACAUGGGCUGGUGGAUUUUCCGGGUGAAAUGUUAUGGCAGGGAAAGGAUGAUGAUGUGAUCAUAACUCUCAUGGAUUUACAAAAUCCAGAGCAUUAG